GGCGCGAAGCCCCGGAUGUGGCUGCUGCGGCCCCUCCUCCCCCGCGCUCCCCUCAGAGACCCCGGCCGCGCGCCGCCACUCACUCGCUGGUCCCCGCGCGGGCCCCUCGGCCGGCGGCGUGGAGGCGCGCGGGCGGAGCGGACGGCCAGGCGACCGCGCGAAGGCGAGCGGGCCGGGCGCGGCCGGGCGGCCGUCGCCAUGAGCGGCUCGUCGGGCACCCCGUACCUGGGCAGCAAGAUCAGCCUCAUCUCCAAGGCGCAGAUCCGCUACGAGGGCAUCCUCUACACCAUCGACACGGACAACUCCACCGUGGCGCUCGCCAAAGUGCGGUCCUUCGGCACCGAGGACCGGCCCACGGACAGGCCUGCGCCCCCGCGGGAGGAGAUCUACGAGUACAUCAUCUUCCGGGGCAGCGACAUCAAAGACAUCACGGUGUGCGAGCCCCCGAAGGCGCCGCACACGCUCCCUCAGGACCCCGCCAUCGUCCAAUCUUCCCUGGGCUCGGGCUCCUCCUUCCAGCCGCACGUGCCUUACAGCCCCUUCCGCGGGAUGCCGCCCUACAGCCAGCUGGCCGCCAGCUCCCUGCUCAGCCAGCAGUACGCAGCCUCCUUGGGCCUAGAGAAGCUGGUGAGCCCCCCGGCCUCAGCCGCAGCCUCCAGCCCCAGCUCCUCUCCGUCUCCGCAGCCCGUCUCCGAGCCCGACCCGUCCUCAGAGCCACACCAGCUCGCCUCCAAGGGAGCUGGCUUCCCAUCCGUCCCUGCCGGGAAGAGCCCCAUGGUGGAGCAGGCCGUCCAGACCGGCUCCCUCGACAACCUGAACGCCAAGAAGCUCCUGCCCAGCGGCAAGGGUGCCGUGGGGGUGCAGCUCAACGGGCGCGCGGCCCCACCCAGCAGCAAGGGCACCGGCAGCACCGAGACGCGUGCUCCCUGGGAUGUGAGCCCGCCCGCCGCGGUGCAGGCGCCCGCGCAGGUCAACGACGAGAACAGGAGGCCGCAGAGGAGGCGAUCAGGGAACCGGCGCACCAGGAACCGCUCCCGGGGGCAGAGCCGCCCGGCUGACACCAAGGAGAACAGCAUCAGGUUCGAGGGCGACUUUGACUUCGAGAGCGCGAACGCCCAGUUCGACCGGGAGGAGCUGGACAAGGAGUUCAGGAAGAAGCUGAACUUCAAAGCUCAGGGCGCCCCUCUGGCUGCAGACGACAGAGCCGAGAAGGGAGAGGAGAAGGACCCUGCGGUGGUGGCCCCGAGUGACGAGGUCCCUGCCGAGGAGGACCACCUGGGGCCCUCCUGCUACUACGACAAGUCCAAGUCCUUCUUCGACAACAUCUCGUCCGAGCUCAAGACCAGUUCCAGGAGGACCACGUGGGCCGAGGAGAGGAAGCUCAACACGGAGACCUUCGGGGUGUCGGGGAGGUUUCUCCGAGGCCGCGGAUUCCGAGGUGGACUGCGAGGGGGCAGGGGCAGUGGCACUGCGCGGCGCAACCCGACCUCCCACAGGGCCGGGACCGGCCGCGUGUAGGGAGGCAGGCGGAGGCUCUGGCCGAAGCAGCAGCGGACACGGCAGAGUGAGGACGCCGCAGUCACGAGCAGACCUGCAUCGGGUCACCCUUCACCGUUUUUGUUCCCGUCGUCACACACCUUGGACGAGGUUCCGCUUGUUUUCGGGGUGUUUCGGGGAGACCUCUCAGGCCUCUGGACCCCUUCCUCUUCAGUUUUGCACAGUCCGGUCUACGGUUGUAUUUUGAAAAAAGGUUUCUAGAGCGAAAGCCCGGUCCUCACUU